CUAACGCGCUCUGUAUUGAAUUGAAUGGCUCUUGUCUUGGGCUCUCGACACUGAUGUCACAGCUACACGCUUUAGCAAGGUCGUUAAGCCAAAAAGUUUACCGGGAAACUGUCUUCCUCUCCCUCCCUCUACAAUAUCACGCCAUUCUCUCUUCAUCUGAUCGGAAGCUCGCAACCCAAAGACUCCACUCCUUUGUAAUCUGAUGCUAAUUCAAGCUCACACUUGAUAAACAGGUGUUAACAAAAGUUUUCUCUUCCAAUCUCUGAGAGGUCUCUUCUUUAGAAGGUAUACGUCUGGCUACAUAUAUAACAAAAUCAAGAAAUGUCGAGCGACAGUGGCGACCUAGACGAAGAUGAGCUCCUUCAGAUGGCACUGCAGGAGCAAUCUCAGCGAGAUGUGAAUUAUCAACAACCAUCCUCAAAGCCAUCGAGGCCGGUUUCCAACUUCGUGCAGCCACCGCCACAACGGGCGGCAAAUCAGAGGGUUUCGGCACCGCCAAAGAACCAUAACACAAACGCCCAACCUGCACAGAGGGCUCAGCAGCGGCGCGGUUCGAUAGAUGAUGAUGAUGAUUCGGAGGUCGAGAUGCUGAGUAUUUCAUCGGGAGAUGAGGAAUCGUCCAAGGACCGGGGUUCCGAGUCGCGGAAUCGGGCCAGGAGUGGUGGGAGGAGGGCUGGGAAGGAUGAUGAUGGUGACUGGGAUGGCGGAGAGCCUGAUAGCUGGAAGCGAGUCGAUGAGGCCGAGCUUGCUCGUAGGGUUCGUGAGAUGCGGGAGACCCGAACAGUUGUGGUUGCUCCAAAAAUUGAGCAGAAGCCAGCAACGGCUAGACCGGGUCUUAACAGUUUACAGUCCUUUCCACGUGGUUUGGAAUGUGUAGAUCCACUAGGGCUCGGAAUAAUAGACAAUAAGACCCUAAAGUUGAUUACUGAGCAUUCAGAAAGCUCUCCUGCGAAGUCUGACAAAGAUUAUCUAGAUUCGAACAUUCGCGAGAAGUUGCUGUAUUUCUCUGAAAGUUUUGAUGCGAAAUUGUUCCUUUCUCGUAUACACCAAGAAACAAGCGGAGCAGACUUGGAGGCUGGUGGUCUUGCUUUAAAAACUGAUCUUAAAGGACGGACGCAACAGAAAAAACAGCUGGUCAAAGAAAAUUUUGACUGCUUUGUCUCUUGCAAAACUACGAUUGAUGACAUUGAGUCAAAAUUGAAGCGGAUUGAAGAAGACCCUGAAGGUUCUGGAACCUCUCACUUAUUUAAUUGUAUUCAAGGAGUCAGUUCACAGGCUAAUCGUGCUUUUGGGCCUUUAUUUGAGAGACAGGCUCAAGCUGAGAAGAUCAGGUCUGUUCAAGGAAUGCUUCAGAGGUUCCGAACACUAUUCAAUUUGCCUAGUUCAAUCCGUGGGAGCAUUAGCAAGGGUGAAUAUGAUUUGGCAGUUAGGGAGUACAGGAAAGCCAAGUCAAUCGUGCUGCCAUCCCAUGUGGGUAUUCUGAAACGUGUUCUUGAGGAGGUUGAAAAAAUUAUGUAUGAGUUUAAAGGCAUGCUUUACAAAUCCUUGGAAGAUCCAAAUAUAGAGUUUAGAAAUCUUGAAAACAUCGUUAGAAUUUUGUUGGAGCUGGAACCUGACUCAGAUCCUGUGUGGCAUUAUUUAAAUAUCCAGAACCACAGAAUUCGAGGUUUGCUUGAAAAAUGCACCUUAGACCAUGAAGCACGGAUGGAACUUUUGCAGAAUGAGAUAUGUGAAAAGGCAUUAUCUGAUGCAAAGUGGAAACAAAUUCAGCAAGAUUUGAAUCAGACUCAGGAAGAUGUUGACUAUUCUCUCUCUCUGAAGAACAGCCAUCUUCUGGGAUAUUCAGAGCCUGUAGACUUUAAUGGUGCAGAAAUUGACGCUCUUAGGGGAAAGUAUAUCCGCAGGCUAACUGCUGUACUUAUCCAUCAUAUACCUGCCUUCUGGAAAGUAGCACUUUCUGUUUCCAGCGGCAAAUUCGCAAAGUCUUCCCAAGUUUCUGCUGAUUCCAAUGUUAAUAAUUCUGCAAAUAAAAGCGAGGAAAAAGUUGGAGAUGGAAAGUACUCAAGUCAUUCUCUUGAUGAAGUUUCUGGAAUGAUACGGAUUACUAUAUCCGUGUAUGAAUCAAAGGUCCACAACACAUUCCGUGAUCUUGAAGAGUCAAAUAUUCUUCAGCCAUUUAUGAGAGAUGCCAUAAAGGAAAUAUCUAAAGCAUGCCAAGCUUUUGAAGCAAAAGAAUCAGCUCCUCCAAUUGCUGUUGCAGCACUGUGGACGCUGCAGUCUGAGAUAACGAAGAUUUACAUACUAAGGCUUUGUUCAUGGAUGCGGGCUUCAACAGAAGAAGUAUCUAAAGAGGAAUCAUGGGUCCCAGUUUCUAUCCUUGAAAGGAACAAGUCUCCGUACACAAUCUCUUCAUUGCCCUUGGUGUUCCGUUCAGUUAUGGCUUCAGCAAUGGAACAAAUAAAUAUGAUGAUUCAGUCUUUAAGGAGCGAGGCUACAAAAACAGAAGAUACUUUUGCGCAGCUUCAAGAAAUUCAAGAAUCUGUUAGACUUGCUUUUUUGAACUGUUUGCUGGAUUUUGCUGGUCAUCUGGAGCGUAGUGGUGGCGAUCUUGCCCAGAAUGGAUCCAGUAAAGGAAACCUGCAUUUGCAAAAUGGAUAUCCUCACGAGUUACAAGAAAACUAUUCUGAUCCUGUCCCUGGAAGUGUGGUUGAUCCGCACCAACAACUUUUGAUGGUUUUGAGCAACAUUGGAUAUUGCAAAGAUGAACUUUCUCGUGAAUUGUACUACAAAUACAGACAUAUCUGGCUACAAUCCGGAGGAAGGGAUGAAGAGGAUAGUGAUAUGCAAGAUUUGGUUAUGUCCUUCUCUGGACUUGAAGAGAAGGUCCUUGAACAGUACACUUUUGUGAAGGCAAGUUUGAUCAGAACAGCUGCCACGAACUAUUUACUGGAUUCUGGAGUUCAAUGGGGGGGAGCACCUGCAGUCAAGGGUGUGCGAGAUGCUGCUGUAGAGUUAUUGCAUACUCUGGUAGCUGUGCAUGCAGAGGUUUUUGCUGCUUGUAAGCCCCUACUGGACAAGACGCUUGGUAUACUUGUGGAAGGUCUAAUUGAUACUUUCCUCAGUCUCUUCCAUGAAAAUAAAACCAAAGAUCUUAGGUCAUUUGAUGCAAAUGGUUUCUGCCAGCUCAUGCUCGAGCUUGAAUAUUUCGAGACCAUAUUGAAUCCACAUUUUACAUCUGAUGCAAGGGAGUCUCUCAAGUCUUUACAAGGGGUGCUUUUGGAGAAAGCGACCGAGAGUGUGACAGAGGCUAUAGAGACUCCAAGUCAUCACCGGCGGCCCACCCGUGGGAGUGAGGAUGCUCUUUCGGAUGAUAGGCAGCAAGGGAUGACUGUAUCACCUGAUGACCUCAUUGCCCUGGCCCAGCAGUAUAGCUCUGAACUACUUCAAGGGGAGCUUGAGCGAACUCGGAUUAACACUGCGUGCUUUGUGGAGUCAAUUGUGCUCGACUCAGUUCCAGAAUCAGCCAGAGCCGCUUAUGCUUCUUUCAGAGGAUCAAUGGAUUCCCCCAGCAGGAACUUCAGAGGCAACUUGCAGCCUGUAGGAUCCCCAGGUUUCUCCCGCCAAAGACGUAGAUGACUUUGUUCAUACCCUUGUUCAAGUUUUGUUGUUUCUUUUGUUUUUCGAUUUUCUCCAUUUUUGUUUGUGGUGUGGUGUUGUAUUGUAUUAAUUCAUUUAUUUUAGUGUUGAAAGUAAUACACGUUGUCCAUGAUGAAUUCAUGUGCCUGCCGCUCUCAUAAUUUGGGUACCGAGCUUGUGAAUUACACUCUCCAGCAGUUAUCGAAAACAAUGUAUAGUUUUCAACUUAAUCAACUGAUGUAGUAGUGCUCUGAAA